AUGGUUGAUACACUACCAAAUGAAAUUCUCGAAUAUAUUUUCUUAUAUGUUGAACCAUGUGAUCUGUUCAGUUUACGUGCUGUUUGUUGGAAAUGGUAUUUUCCUAAACUAACACAAGGUGUCAACACUAAAUAUUCAGUUCCUGUACACUUACAAGGAAGUGGCGAUGUCGUAUUGUAUGAUAUUCGUCGCUGUAUGGCAGUUUUACCAGUACUUACUUGUUCUUUUCAUAAUCGAGAUUAUUCCAUUAGUAUGUGGCUUCAUCUUGAUUCAAACUUUGAUACAGUUUCAUUUACUAUGAAAUUGAAUGGAUUUAUGUUGGAACUAACUCUUAGUAAACAGAAUUGUCAACUAUUUUCUUCAUAUGCAGGUGUUUUUGAAGCAGAAAUACAAAUAAAUAUACCAAAUAGCUGUUGGUUUCAUAUUACAUUAACAUAUUCAUCAAGCUUUCAAUUGUAUAUCAAUGGAAUUCAUCAUACCUUUGUCUAUAUUAAAAGAUCAUUGAGUGAAAAUGAAUUAUUAACAUACAAGUUUUAUGCCAUGCAUAAUGGAUAUAUAUAUUUGGUCAAUUCAUAUAAAGAUAAAUUUUUAUCGGUAUCCAGAUGUGCUGAUAUUCAAAUCUUACCAUGUGCUUUAUCUGUAUUUGAAAUUCGUAGUAUUAUUAAUCAAAAUACAUGUAUGAAACAGCUGAAUAUGGGUCAAUAUUUAAUUAAUCGUUGGAAUGGAGCCCAUUGA